AUGACAGGAACAUACUUGCUCGACUAUGGCGCAGGAAACGUCCGGAGUCUGGUCAACGCCGUGAAGAAGCUCGGCCACGACAUCACCUACGUCAAGGACCCCUCUGACAUUCUCAAAGCCGACAAACUGAUCUUCCCAGGAGUAGGAGCAUUCGGGUCCGCAAUGCAAAGCCUCCACUCCAAAGGCUACGCCGAACCCCUCAAACAAUACCUGUCCCUCAACAAACCCUUCAUGGGCAUCUGUGUCGGUAUGCAAUCCCUCUUUGAGGGAUCUGACGAGAGUCCGGAUGUCCCUGGACUUGGUGUCAUCCCCGGUCGAGUUCGUUUGUUCGAUUCAACCCAGAAGGCUGUGCCCCAUAUGGGGUGGAAUACUGCACGGACGAUCCAGGGAGAGGAGAGGGCCAAGGGAUGUGGGUUGGAGGAAGGGAGGGCUUAUUAUUUCGUCCAUUCGUUCGCGGUGCCCUUUAUUGAGGGUUCUCAGGAGGCUAAGGAAUGGUGUCUGACGACGACACAGUAUGGUGGAGAGGGAUCCGGUGGAGAGGUCUUUAUUUCUUCCGUCAAGAGAGGAAACAUUUUCUGCACACAGUUCCACCCUGAAAAGUCUGGAUUCGCCGGUGUGAAUGUGUUGAAGGCGUUCUUGGAUGGUGAUGCGGCUGUUGGUGCUGAGGGCGAUGCUGCUUUGAUUCAAGCUGCGACUUUGGCUCCCGGUGGUGGAUUGUCGAUCUUGGCGCCUACCUUCGUCCCUGAGCCCACUCAGGACCAGUUCACGAAACGUAUCGUCGCUUGCUUGGACGUCCGCGCCAACGAUCAGGGAGACCUCGUCGUCACCAAGGGUGAUCAAUACGACGUCCGCGAACAAUCCACUGACGGCCAGGAGCAGGGAGACGUCCGCAACCUUGGAAAGCCCGUCGAACUCGCCCGUCGGUACUUUGAAGAAGGCGCAGACGAGAUCACAUUCCUCAACAUCACCUCCUUCAGGAACUGCCCCCUCCUCGACCUCCCCAUGCUCGAAGUCCUCCGUCGGACCUCCGAAACCGUCUUUGUCCCACUCACCAUCGGAGGCGGCAUCAAGGACGUCGUCGACCCCGAUGGCAAAAUCCACCCAGCCCUCGAAGUCGCAGGAGAAUACUUCCGAAACGGUGCCGACAAAGUCUCUAUCGGCUCUGAUGCCGUCUAUGCCGCCGAGAAGUAUUACGCCCUCGGUGGCCGUGGCGACGGAACCAGCGCCAUUGAAACUAUCGCCCACGCUUAUGGAUCCCAAGCAGUCGUCAUUUCUGUCGACCCCAAAAAGGUCUACGUCAACUCCCCCGCCGACGCUCCCACCCACCACGUCAUCCAACCCGCCCAACUCGGACCCAACGGCGAAAAGUACUGCUGGUACCAAUGCACCGUCAGCGGCGGCCGCGAAGGCCGCGACAUGGACGUCCGUCAACUCGUCGUCGCAUGCCAAGCCCUUGGCGCCGGUGAGAUCCUCCUGAACUCAAUGGACCAAGAUGGAAUGAAGCAAGGUUACGACCUGGCUUUGAUCCAAGACGUCCGCUCUGCGAUUUCCAUCCCCGUGAUUGCCUCUUCCGGUGCCGGAUGCGCUGAUCAUUUCGUGGAGGUGUUUGAGAAGACGGGUGUUCAGGCCGCCUUGGCCGCGGGAAUCUUCCACAGACAUGAGGUUCCUCUGGAGGAUGUCAAGUCUACCUGUGUUAAGGCUGGUAUUCGUAUCCGCACCAUUGACGCUCCUCUCGCUAUCUAA